AUGCAGAUGUUUCGUGCCCUUCUUUUCUGGAGCUUUGCAACAGGCGCUUGUGAAGAGGCAUUGGUCGCUUACACCUUCGCGGGACGUGGGAGUGCGGAUGCCAUCGGGUCUGUCCUGUCACGUGUUCUGGGCUUGAGCACAGGGGAAGUGGCCAAGGCCUUUGACCUCAGGCUCGUCACAAACUGCAGCCAAGCGCCACCCUCGGCAAGAACCCAGCUCUGCUUUGAGCUCAGCGAUGCGGAGGAUGGACGGGUCCGCAUCGCUGCAACCAGUGGCCCAGAGCUGGCCUACGGCACCAGUUGGUAUCUGCGAACACGCUGCAACAUGUCCUUCUCCUGGAACCGAACCGGUGGAAAUCAGGUUUCCCUCCCAAAGUCGUGGCCAGGAGUUGGCCAGAAGGUUACCAAAUACCGCAAGGUGCCUAUUAGCUACUUCAACAAUGUCGUCACGUUCAGCUACAGUUACACGUGGUACUCCUUCAAGGACUGGGAGGCAUGGCUCGACUGGGCUGUGCUAAAUGGGAUCAACCUGGUGAUCGCGUACACUGGCCAAGAGGAGGUCUAUCGCAAGACCUUCAAUGCCUUUGGAGUUAACGACUCGGAGUUUUCAUCCUGGAGCAACGGUGCAGCCUGGCUGGCCUGGAGCCGUGGCCAGUCCAUGCAUGGGAUCGGUUCCAGCUGUGGAGAUGGCUGCAUGCCCCUGCCCUUGUCUUGGAUGGCUGGGCAGUGGGAGCUUCAAAAGCAGAUCCUCGACCGCAGCCGAAGCUUGGGUUUGGUCUCCGUGCUGCCGACUUUUCAGGGGAAUGUCCCGCCCAUCUUCCGCGAGCUCUACCCGCAGGCGAACAUCAGCAAGACGGGGGCUGCCUGGUUGGACGACUUAGAUCCCCUGUUUGCCAAGAUCCAGCAGCAGUACAUGAAGAUCAUGAUCCAGGACUGGGGUACAGAUCACUGGUAUGAGACGGAUGGGUACUUCAACCAGAACCAGGGGCCUUGGGCCAGAACACUCCGAGGCCCAGAGGGACGAGAGGGACGGCCGUGGCGGCGUGCUGAAGACGUGCCGGUGGAUCCCGAUGCCUUCGCGCAUGCGAAGGCAGCCUACGAGUCCAUGAGCAAAGUGGAUCCGCGGGCUGUUUGGCUUUACCAGGGUUGGAUCUGGCGCGGCUGGGGAGAAGACAAGCUCCCCUUCAUGAAGGGCUUUGUGUCGGCGGUACCUCCCAAACACUUCGUCAUGCUGGACAUGUUCGACGAGGUCGACCCAGAAUGGAAUAAGUUCAACAACUUCGGCUACUUUGGCACCCCCUUCAUCUGGUCAGUUCUUCACAACUUCGGCGGCAAUACUGGAAUGUGGGGAAGCAUUUCUACUUUGAAUUCUGAGUUCCCAGACGCCUUGAAGCAUGCAGCCAGUGUGGCUGGGACGGGUGCAGCACCCGAAGGAAUCGAUCAGAAUCCCUUCUACUACAGCUUCCUCACUGAUCUCCCCUGGCGAGCUGGCCCCAUCGACCUGCAGCAGUGGGUGCAGACCUGGGCUCGUCAGCGCUACGGCCGCAGCUCUGCCGCUGCAGAGGAGGCAUGGCAGCUGCUGCUGGGGUCCGUCUAUGCCAACGAGACCAAUGCUCAGGCAAUCCGCAGUCGCGGUGGGUUUAUCGCUGAGAAGAACGCUGAUGGCCUCACCGCCCUGGCGCUUGGAGGAGGUCAGGCCACGCCCCACGAGAGCUGGUACAAGCUGUCAGAUGUGGUUCAAGCAUGGGGCAAGCUGAAUGAGGCUGCCAAAAGCGGCGUCACCGAGACGCUGCGCUACGACCUUGUAAACGCGGGCCGCGAGGUUCUGAGCAAGGUCUCCAACCGCUUCUUUGCCCAGAUGAUAAAUGCCACGGGACCCACCGAGGUCCAGUCGGCGGGCAACUCUCUACUCGCGGUUCUCGCAGAUGCGGAUCGCCUGCUCUGCGGUGACCGUGGCUUCCUUGCUAGCGCCCGCAUUCGGAGCGCGAAGUCCUGGGCUGCCGGCAACGCCACGCUGGAGCACUACCUGGAGCUGGCUGCCCGGAGCCUCACCACUGUGUGGACGCCGCAAGAGCCGAAGUCUAGCACCAUCACGGCGCUCUGCGACUAUGCCAAUCGCCAGUGGGCUGGCCAGGUCGGGGGCUUCUACACGCUGAGACACCAGUGCUACAUUCGGCAGGCGGUGGAGGAUCUGUCGGCAAAGAGGCAGGUCAACAAGACUGCGUUUGACGCGUGCGUUGCAGGGGUCAGCUACGAGUGGACCCACGACUUUGGGUCGGAAAAGUACCCUAUGUGCGAGGAGCCAACCAGUGAUGUGCUGGAUAUCAGCGUGGAGCUCUUCGCUAAGUAUGGCCGCCCUGAGCUGGAGGCGAGACUUUGGGUCUAA